GAGAGAGAGAGAAGUAGAGAGCGAGUCAGUCUCAGUCUGCCAGUGUGGUGUGAGGGAGUGAAGAGAGCGGGCGCAAGUUAGAGGUCCUGCAGGCCGCCACCACCACCACCACCACCCGGCAACUUUCCCUCUUGUUCCAGCAGAGAGUAAAAGAUGUGGCGGUGGCGGGGCGCGCGCCUCCUGCUGGCGGGUCUGCUCCUGACGGGGACACGUGCAGCACCCAAAGAUACUGAUGGCAUGGUAGCUGACGGAGGCGCUGCAGAAGGCGUGGAUGGAGGCUCCCCGCACCACAGGGUUCGCCGGCAAGGACUGGAUGGCUUCAGUUUUACGAAGGAUGGCCUUUUGGCCCUGGAGAGGCUGGACAUCUUCCUGCGUGACACCAUCCCAAACGUGGAUCGCUUCAAGUGUAUGGAGCGACUCAUGUGCUACCUCACCUCCUCACAGUUCACGUCCUCUGACCCUGAAUUCCCAGGUGGGCAGAUUCCAGGCUUUGAUCCCACCUUCCAGCAGGGACUCAUCCUGGACCCCACCACCAUCCAACAGAGCCUCUCAGGUCUGGCACAGAACCCUGGAAUCCUGCAGCAGGGGUUACAGACCCUGGUGGGGGGUCAAGGGUUACAGGGCUUGGUGCAGAACCCAGCCCUGCAACAAACCUUGGGGCAGGUUAUCCCCUCCUUCCAGAACUCUGCCUUCCAGAACCCUACCUUCCAGAACCCUACCUUCCAGAACCCUGCCAUCCCAAGUCCUGGCUUCCAUACUCAGAAUGAUGGGUUCCAGGUUGCCUUCCCAGUAUUCCGAGAGAGCCCUGACACCACCAGCCGCGUGUCAUCACCAGACAGCAGCAGUUCAUCACCAGACAGCAGCGGAGCAGCAAGUGCACCUCAGGUGGUGCAGCAGCAGCAGCCACUCAGGCGGCAGCCUGUCAGGCGGCAGCCUGUCAGGAGGCGGCCUGUCAGGCGGCGGCCACAACGCAGGGGCUUCUUGGAUUUCCUCAGUGGAUUAGGCAGGAGGAAGAAGAGGAGCAUUUUUGAUGACCUACUCUCUGGAGCGAAUUCCCGGACCUUCAUGGGUGUGCUGGACCAGAUGAUGAGCCGGUACUCCUUCUACCCAUAUACACACGCUGCCUUCAUGGGGUUGACCGGUGCCCCUGACAGCUGUGAGAGACUGUACAGCACCUGUCCCACCACACCUGAGCAGAUGCUGGAUCUCUUCAAUAACAUCCACAAGCACUACCCUGAUGGGAUUCCUUACAAGGAAAACUUGCCGUGGCCCCUGAAUUACCUGCUGCCUUGAAUAAAUAUGUUAUGUGGAGUGGUGUGGUGUGGUGGUCCUGCUGGAGUUUAUCUAUCUAUCUACAGGAAGUCCUCGGAUUAUGAUGGUCUUGACUUUAGCCAUUUCAUAGUUACAAUGCUGUACAUUCCCCCUUUGCUGACUUUUCUUUUUUUUUGUGACUGAUUUACUUAAUUAUUUUUUGUUUACAGUAUGUCCACCAUGUGUUUUUUACAGGUACAGUAGUUAUGUUUUUAUGUCCUAGAUUAUGAUUUUACAGUACUAUAACAUUAGCACAGGUGAGCAACAUACUGUAGGUGCUUAUAAGCUUUAGGCUCCGACCCACACUGAAAAUAAGUUUACGUGUCUUAGGAACAUAACUCCAUUGUAACUUGAGGACCCCCUGUAUACCAAGCCAGCAAUCUCACAUGCAGCCUAAAGCACCACACACUCACACGUCACUCAUACUCUCAGCCCCAUUGGCCCCUGGUGGAGUUGAUCAUAAGGACACAAGGACAUAAGGGAAGCCACAAGAAGCCAUCAGAGCUAUAUAUGGAAGUCCCUGUUGAGUUAAGUUUAGUGAUGAUGCUCAGCUACUUGUUGCCAAAUGGAAAUCUUGUACUAGAGAGGAAGGGGUGUUAUUGUUGAACUUAAUUGUAUCACACACAUAUACAUACACUCUUCUUUGUAACUCUUUCUCUUUUUCUUUUCAAUAAUAUUUGCUGUCUUGUGAUUCAAUAGACAGGAAAGGUUGUGUUGUUAUUGUUAGACUGAACUGUAUCACACCCACUACAGCUUCUUAUUUUUCUGUCAUGCCCUCUGUCUUUUCUCCAAUAGUAUUCAUCUACUUGUGAUUCUAUCAUUAUUUUUAUGCACUAUUUAUUCAAUCACACCCCAUCCUCUCUAUACUGUAUUAAGAGUAUUUAUAGUGUAUGUAUUUCUCUCUUAACUAACCUAUUUAUUGUAAUCCUUUUUCUUCACUAGUUCUUAUCCUAAGUUUAUCUAAGUUAUUACAGUUCUCUAGUUCUCCUAAGUAACCUAUUUAUUACAGUUCUCUAUACACUGUGUACUGUUACCUAUUAUACAUUUUUGUAUAGUUGUAUGUAUACAUUAUGCAGCUUUGAUACUGAUUUAUAGUAAUAUAAAGGCAUGUCAACCUGUGCUGGUCGCAGAGAUAAACAAUCAUUUUAAGU